AUGACAGGCGAUUCUAUAUUGGUAUAUAAAGUGUACCUAUCUCUCUCUCUCUCCGUUUCUCUCUCUCUGCCUCUGUCUCUUUCACUGACUCUCUCUCUCAUAGGGUGGGAAUUGGGAACUCGAUACAAUCUUCUGAUAUUUCCCAACACCUACACUUCCGUGUCUUUUUCAUUCUCCAAUUUAAAAUUUACUUCUUCAUUUUUUCUUUUCCGGUCCAUUUUUCUUCUUCCUUCUACUCCUCUACUACUUUCACAUUUUCCUCUUUCUCAUUUUCUUCCACCUCCUUUUCUUUUCUUCCUCAUCUCCGUUUUCUCCUCUCUUCUUCAUAUUUCUCUUCCAACUCUCCUCCUUCUUCUUCUCUCCCUCUUUUCCCCUUCCUUUUAUGUUCAUAUUAUUUUUCUUCCUCCUACUUUUCUUUUACUCUUCCUCCUCCAUUUCUUUUCCUCCUCCUUUUCCUUUCUUCCUCCUCUUCGGUUUCUCCUCUCUUCUUCAUAUUUCUCUUCCAACUCUCCUCCUUCUUCUUCUCUCCCUCUUUUCCCCUUCCUUUUUAUGUUCAUAUUAUUUUUCUUCCUCCUACUUUCUUUUUUACUCUUCCUCCUCCAUUUCUUUUCCUCCUCCUUUACCUUUCUUCCUCCUCUUCGGUUUCUCCUCAAUUCUUCAUAUUUCUCUUCCAACUCUCCUCCUUCUUCUUCUCUCCUUCUUUUCCUCUUCCUUUUAUGUUCAUAUUAUUUUUCUUCCUCCUACUUUUCUUUUACUCUUCCUCCUCCAUUUCUUUUCCUCCUCCUUUACCUUUCUUCCUCCUAUUCGGUUUCUCCUCACUUCUUCAUAUUUCUCUUCCAACUCUCCUCCUUCUUCUUCUCUCCCUCUUUUCCCCUUCCUUUUAUGUUCAUAUUAUUUUCUUCCUCCUACUUUUCUUUUACUCUUCCUCCUCCAUUUCUUUUCCUCCUCCUUUACCUUUCUUCCUCCUCUUCGGUUUCUCCUCACUUCUUCAUAUUUCUCUUCCAACUCUCCUCCUUCUUCUUCUCUCCCUCUUUUCCCCUUCCUUUUAUGUUCAUAUUAUUUUUCUUCCUCCUACUUUUCUUUUACUCUUCCUCCUCCAUUUCUUUUCCUCCUCCUUUACCUUUCUUCCUCCUCUUCGGUUUCUCCUCACUUCUUCAUAUUUCUCUUCCAACUCUCCUCCUUCUUCUUCUCUCCCUCUUUUCCCCAUCCUUUUAUGUUCAUAUUAUUUUUCUUCCUCCUACUUUUCUUUUACUCUUCCUCCUCCAUUUCUUUUCCUCCUCCUUUUCCUUUCUUCCUCCUCUUCGGUUUCUCCUCACUUCUUCAUAUUUCUCUUCCAACUUUCCUCCUUCUUCUUCUCUCCCUCUUUUCCCCUUCCUUUAUGUUCAUAUUAUUUUUCUUCCUCCUACUUUUCUUUUACUCUUCCUCUUACAUUUCUUUUCCUCCUCCUUUUCCUUUCUUCCUCCUCUUCGGUUUCUCCUCUUUUCUUCAUAUUUCUCUUCCAACUCUCCUCCUUCUUCUUCAUUCCCUCUUUUCCCCUUCCUCUUAUGUCGCUAUUAUUUUUCUUCCUCCUACUUUUCUUUUACUCUUCCUCCUACAUUUCUUUUCCUCCUCCUUUUCUUUUCUUCCUCAUCUCCGUUUUCUCCUCUCUUCUUCAUAUUUCUCUUCCAACUCUCCUCCUUCUUCUUCUCUCCCUCUUUUCCCCUUCCUUUUAUGUUCAUAUUAUUUUUCUUCCUCCUACUUUUCUUUUACUCUUCCUCCUCCAUUUCUUUUCCUCCUCCUUUACCUUUCUUCCUCCUCUUCGGUUUCUCCUCACUUCUUCAUAUUUUCUUCCAACUCUCCUCCCUUCUUCUUCUCUCCCUCUUUUCCCCUUCCUUUUAUGUUCAUAUUAUUUUUCUUCCUCCUACUUUUCUUUUACUCUUCCUCCUACAUUUCUUUUCCUCCUCCUUUUCCUUUCUUCCUCCUCUUCGGUUUCUCCUCACUUCUUCAUAUUUUUCUUCCAACUCUCCUCCUUCUUCUUCUCUCCCUCUUUUCCCCUUCCUUUAUGUUCAUAUUAUUUUUCUUCCUCCUACUUUUCUUUUACUCUUCCUCCUACAUUUCUUUUCCUCCUCCUUUUCCUUUCUUCCUCCUCUUCGGUUUCUCCUCUUUUCUUCAUAUUUCUCUUCCAACUCUCCUCCUUCUUCUUCAUUCCCUCUUUUCCCCUUCCUCUUAUGUCGCUAUUAUUUUUCUUCCUCCUACUUUUCUUUUACUCCUCCUCCUCCAUUUCUUUUCCUCCUCCUUUUCCUUUCUUCCACCUCGCCGUUUUCUCCUCGCUUAUUCAUAUUUCUCUUCCAACUCUCCUCCUUCUUCUUCACUCCCUCCUUUUCCCCUUCCUCUUAUGUCGCUAUUACGUCUUUCCUCCUACUUUUUUUUUUUACUCCUCUUCCUCCAUUUCUUUUCCUCCUCCUUUUCCUUUCUUCCUCCUCCCCGUUUUCUCCUCUUUUCUUCAUAUUUCUCUUCCAACUCUCCUCCUUCUUCUUCACUCCCUCCUUUUCCUCCUCCUCCUAUGUUCCUAUUACUUUUCUUCCUCCUAAUUUUCUUUUACUCCUACUCCUCCAUUUAUUUUCCUCCUCCUUUUCUUUUCCUCUGUCGACAUUUCCUCCUCUCGUCCGUGUCCCCUUCUCCUUUAACUCUCCUCUUUCCCACCUCUACUUUUCGUUUUUCUCCUCCGCCUUUUCUUCAUCUACCGCCUGCUAG